CUCGAAUAUCUCAUACCCACCAGAACUCUUAAUACGACGAUAUCAUCGACUAAUGGACGUUGUCCCCAUCAUAUUGUCAACUCCAUUGAUCGCCCACAUUUUUCAUCUGCAUCUUGACACCAUAAACAACAUUGUUCCGUCAAGAUCCACAAAAUGGCGUCCUACAAGUCGACGUUUAACUCACCUCGAUCCUCUCCCUUCCGCCGUGCUGCAUCUCCAGGAUCUCCCACCUCCAUAAACCAUCGACCCAGUACACCUCCCACAAACCGCAGUGGAGCAUCGCCGAUGACUUCCCCUUCCAAACUCAAACAGUCUUAUACUGUGUCGGAGGAUGAAGACGAUGACGAUGUCAUAUCAACUCCCUCACGAACAACAAAUUCCAUGCACCCGCCACCAAGACACUCUAGGGCUCAAACAGAGCCUCCGCCGUCCCCAACAACUCGACGGCUUCCCACUGCUACCAGCAACAACAACACCACCGCCACAUCCACAUCAUCCAAAUACUCUUCUCUUAACAACAACAACGUAACAGCUAGCCUCAACCCGUCACUAUCCUCAACCGCCCCGCGACGGAGUAUUUCUUCAGGUUUUUCACAAAACGAUGCUCUAUCGAAACUUCCUCCUGCACUCCUCCACAACCUCCGAGAAUCCUUCUCCGUUCUAGACGGCAGUAGCAAUGGAUCUAUUGAUGCAGAAUCAGUCAAUGAAACACUACAAUCUCUCGGUCUCCAUGAGUCCGACCUCUCUCAAUUCUUUCCUCCGGGCCAACCUUCCCAACUCUCACUGCCCCAAUACCUCACUCAACUCGCCAAUCUCCUCGUCAACUUAUCUCCACAGCAAGAGCUCUUGAACGCCUUCUCCGCCUUCGAUGACGAUGACAGCGGUCAAAUUGAUAUUGACGAUUUGAAAUCCGCCGUUCUCAAAACCGCACCAGAUGCUGGGGUACGUCCGUUGAGCGUGAGAGAGGUCGAGCGCGCCAUGGAAGGGUUCACGGGCCGACGGAUUCUGGGUAAGAAUGUCAUUGGCAUUGCUGGCGUUCGAGGCUUGAAUACGCCUGUUCCCAAGCGGGGUGGUGAUGUGUUUAGAUAUCAAGAAUUCGUGGCUAAUCUAACUGGAGGGCCGUCUCAUGCUGGGGAAGGUGCACAUGCUGUGCAAGCGAGAUAGGUCAGGUGUCACACCGCAUCUGAAGAACGAAGAUCGAUGACUGUAAUGCGUUUUUGGAGGUGUUUGUUUUGUCUGGGAACAACUUCUUGGCUGUAUUUUGUCGGAACGAGGUGAUGGUGAAUUUUAUAACAUGCAAUCAAUUAUUGAUGUAGCCAUGGACGCUGGCAAUUGUCCUGAGACCACAAACACCUUUCAUG